AAACAGGAAAUCUUCUAUUUAAGGUAUGUCAUGAAUACCAAAUCUGGCUGGUCCGCCAUCUUGAUCUUCCACCUAUUCUGGGGAUCUGCAUUCCCGUUGCCAUCACUGAGCGCCAUUGUUCUUUUUCCGGUGUCAAGGUUCUUGGCGCGGGCUGUCUGCCAGCGGACAAGAAAGAAAUACCUCGUCAAAAGAAGCACGGAUGGCAAUAAUGGAGGAAACCUUGUUCUUUCCAUAGUGCCAUGUCAUUGUUUCAUUGUCAUCUCCACAUUCAUAACCGGGCCCACGUGCGGGUGUCCGCGCCGAAUCCAGCAUAUGCAUCGGCAUCGGACCACCAUAAACUCUCUUCACUUGCUCAUUCGUUCCGCUCAAACAUACACACGUUCCUUAAACCAACACCGUCGAGGUGAUCAUUCAUUUCACUAACGCGAUCCGCAGACAUUCCUUGAUUCAACUUGU